CCCGUCGCUUAUAUUUGCUUUUAUCCAUGGGCAAGUACAAAAAGUUAUGCAGGCGCCGCUUACGGGCGUUCAUUUGAUUCGUUACAAUGGCUUCCAUUUGAACUUAAUUUCAAGAUAUGGAAAACUGUCACAUUGGCCUUUUACCCAUAUAUAAUAAGAGGCUUAAAGAACUUGGAUUACCGAAAGCAGGAAGGCUUCCAUGGUUGCCAGGUGGAGCUUUUGAAAAGAAUCAAAUUCUUGUUAUUCACGCGUUGAAUAAAAAUCUUAUCCAAAUCCAAAAAAAUCCGUUAAAUCCACUAAACGAGGUUCAAUUGGAUUAUCCAUAUUUAAGUAUUGAGGAGGAAUUAGAAGAUUAUGUCCCUCCAAAUGAUCUAGUAGAAUUCUUAUCAAUAAAAGGAAACCCUAUAUAUUUUGGAUAUGGAUCAAUGCACAGUUUUAGUGACGUAAAAUCUCGAGUGAGUAUUUGGCUGCGAGUAAUGGACCUUUUACCAGAAAAUCAAAGAGCUUUGUUUUCAGGUGUUGGGAGUGUAGAGUCUGAAGAGUUGAAUGAUGCUGUAAAAAAUGGACGAGUCUUUAUUCUUAACCAUGUUCCUCACUCUUGGUUAUUCCCACAAGUAUCUUGUGUUGUACAUCAUGGAGGAGCAGGUACUACACAUGCUGUUAUAAGAGCCGGUGUUCCAUCCAUUGUGAUCCCGCAUUUUGCAGAUCAACCUUGGUGGGCAUCAAUUUUAUAUCAUCUUGGUGUUGCACCUAGUACAGGAAUACAAGCAAACGCAGUUACGACAGAAAAAAUUACUACAGAGUUAUUAAUUGUAUUAUCAAAUAAAGAAAUCAAAGAAAAAGCCGAUAAAAUUGGAUCUAAAAUAAGAAAAGAACAAAAGCGUUCACCAGUUUCAAAAAUUGUAGCUUAUAUAGAAAAAUAUUGGGAAAAGACGAAUUGGGACGUACUUACAUUGGAUGACGAACAGCAAAAAAUAAAAGAAAAAGAGCAUGGAUAUCCCGUCAAUGAAAAUUAUCCUGAAAAUGAGAUUAAGAAUGUGCUGGACGGGAACGAUUUUAGUCUUACGUCACAUGACGUUUUGUCUGCGGAACUUCGGGAAUGAUAUUAUAUAGUAAAAAAAUUUUGAUUAAUUGUAAUUUAUUAUUUUAUUUAUUUGGCAUGAAAUGUUCAUAGAGAAUUAUAGAAUUAGUACCAUGUUAUAAUAAUUUAGUAUUGUAUGUUAAUUAUAUAUAAAUUAAUUAAUUAAUGUAAAAUCAGCUAUAAAAAUAAAGUAUUUAUUAUUCAUAUUUUAUCGUAAAUA